GAUGCUAUUAUAGCUAUUCAUCAAAGUUCAUGUUGCUACGUGCAUAUUGUUAAAAGUCCGUGUUACUAAAGUCAAUUUUAUUUUAUUAAAAAACCCGAAGGGAGUAAAAAAAAAAAAAAAAAACCAUAAAUGAAAACUCAGAAGCAAAGCACACGCGUGGAAAGACAGCGAGGGUGAGAAAUAAAAAGGCAAAAGACACUAGAAUUUAUGCUUUAAUCACACCUUCUUUUCCUCUGACCUCUCCCAUUCUUCCUCUAAUUGUACUGUCCUUCUCUCCUUUAGCACCAACACAAACACUAUAUACAAUCAAGAGUUAUAUAACCAACACUACCAUAUAGUAGUAGUAUACACUAUUUUUAUCAUAUAGUAGCAAAAUUAAUCAAUUUAGAAAAUGAAUCGUCUGGCCCCAUUAUCUGAAGAACCAUUCAAUGAAGAAGAUACCAAAAAACUCUCCAAAAAAACCCAUGCAUGGAAAAAUUGGGUUAAAAACCUUUUUUUCAACAAAAAAUCUGAUCUUAAAAUUCUUCUUAGUGUUCUUGCUUGCCCUCUUUUUCCUGUUUCUCUUCAACCAAAUCAAUCCAUUCUUCAGGUAUCAUCAUCAUCCCAGUACAUAAUAGAGCACUUUAAAGCAGCAACAGGUUGUAAAAAGCUGGAAAAAAUGGUGGUGAAAAAUAUAUUUGCAACAGGGAAAGUGAGCAUGACAAUGCUAGAAGAGCCGAGCUUAAGCGGCUCAUCGGCUGUGGUGGUGGCGGCUGGAGCCACUCACAAAGGCUGCUUUGUGAUGUGGGAGAUGUUGCCUAACAAGUGGUCAAUUGAGCUUGUGGUUGGUGCUCAUAAAGUGCUUGCUGGUAGUGAUGGCAAUGUGGCUUGGCGUUACACCCCCUGGCUCGGCUCUCACCCGGCUAAAGGCGGGGUCCGGCCCCUCCGCCGGGCCCUUCAGGGUUUAGAUCCAAUGGCAAUAUCUGAAGCAUUUUCUGUGGCUCAGUACAUGGGAGAGAAGGAGAUUAUGGGCGUUGAUUGUUUUGUCCUGAAAUUGUCUGCUGAGCAAAAUGAUCUUGCUGAUCGGAGUGACAACACAGCCGAGACCAUCAAGCAUGUAACAUUUGGCUACUUUAGCCAAAAGAGUGGAUUGCUAGUGUACUUAGAAGACUCCUACUUAACAAGAAUACAGUCCCCAGGUGCAUGUCCUCGCUAUUGGGAGACUACAAUGGGUUCAAAGAUUGAGGACUAUCGGACAGUGGAAGGUGUGAUGAUCGCACACUCCGGUCAAACUCAUGCAAUCAUCACUAGGUUCGGGGAUAAUCUCAAGUCAGGUCCUACUAUACUACGAAUGGAAGAGGCUUGGAUGAUCGAUGACUUUGCUUUUAACGUGCAAGGACUAUCUAUGGACUGCUUUAUCCUCCCACAAGAAGUGAAGAGCAGCUGUCUCGAAGAGAAGCUCAAACAAGGUCCAUUGUUCCCACUUGAUCGAUGAUCGUCGAUUAUUUCAGUUCGGCCGCACUAACAAACUUCAUCAAGGAAGAUUUACAUCAUAACAAUGCUUGGAAUAGGAUUGAUUACUGAUAUUUUUUUAAAAAAUGUUUUAGCAUAUGAAAUUUUCGCCUUUGUUUUUUUUGGGGGGAUUUUGUAUAUAAUUGCCUAUAUAUGAAUCACCAGUAAAUAAACUACUUAUGUAACAAGAAUUGAGUAUAUGGGUAAUGGUGACCCAUAUUAGCCAUUCACUUUUGUAAGAACUUGAGAAGCAAAUAAUAGUUGCUUCCUUGUCUACUCGUUUUAUGAAAUUUGGAAAUGCAUUUUAUCUACUUGUAUCA